UUGGAGAUCUGGGUUUUUGUUGAGUUGGCUAUAAGCUUUUUGGGAUCUGUCGAAUUAAUGAUCUCUUUGGGAUAUCCUUUUGAUUUGGGAUCUGGGUCUUUCUCAUUCACUAGAGAAAGUUGCAUUUCUUUUAAGAGAGAAAAUUAGGACGCAUUUUCUUUGAGGAUAAUCGAAUCCGAUAGUAACAAAGACGGAGACUACAUUGAAUGAGGCAGUUUCUGGUUGGAAAAACUACAGGGGCUCUAAAUUAUGGGCUGCAUUUGCUCCAAAGGCGCUCGAGCAAAUGACUAUGUUGAAAAUAGCCAUGACACAAGGGACAAGGCCCACAAGAACUCGAGAAAAACCGCGAAGAAGCUAUCUGUUUCGUUUGAAAGGGACAAUGGGGUAGUUGAGAUAGAUGCCACUGCAAGGUUGAUCUCGGAUCAACAGCCAAACAAUAGUGCCGUUUCAGGGCCUUCACCCUCUUCUGAUGAUGAGGAAAAGAAGGCAGCAUCGGCGGUUGUUGAUAGGUCUAAGAGGACCCCAUCCCAGCUGCAAACGCAUUCAACAAUGGAGACCGAGGCAAUGGGUGGACAAGGGCAGCCAAGGAUAUCCAGGAUUGUGAAUGCAACUGGUGGCCAGAGAGGUGCACAGGUGGUCGCCGGUUGGCCUUCUUGGCUAGCAGCAGUAGCUGGGGAAGCUAUCAAUGGAUGGAUACCUCGGAAGGCAGAGUCAUUUGAGAAGUUGGAGAAGAUUGGUCAAGGAACUUACAGCAGUGUGUACAAAGCCCGUGACCUUGAAUCAAAUAAGUUAGUUGCCUUGAAGAAAGUUCGAUUUGUUAAUAUGGACCCUGAAAGUGUUUGUUUCAUGGCAAGAGAAAUUAUUAUUUUGCGUCGGCUUGAUCAUCCUAAUGUCAUGAAGCUUGAAGGUCUAAUUACUUCUAGGGCAUCUGGAAGCCUAUACCUUAUAUUUGAAUACAUGGAGCAUGAUCUUGCAGGGCUUUUAGCAGCACCUGAGGUUAAGUUCACUGAAACUCAGAUCAAAUGUUAUAUGCAACGGCUGCUCCGAGGACUCAACCAUUGCCAUAGUCAUGGUGUUCUGCACCGAGACAUCAAGGGCUCAAAUCUCUUGAUAGACUGUAAUGGAAACCUCAAGAUUGGUGAUUUUGGACUGGCAACAUUUUUCCAUCCCAAUCAGAAGCAGCCUUUAACAAGUCGUGUAGUAACCUUAUGGUAUCGCCCUCCUGAGCUUUUGCUUGGUUCUACAAAUUAUGGAGUUGCUGUUGAUUUGUGGAGUUCUGGUUGCAUACUUGCUGAAUUAUUUGCUGGGAAGCCUAUCAUGCCUGGAAGAACUGAGGUUGAACAACUGCAUAAAAUCUUCAAACUAUGUGGAUCACCUUCUGAAGAGUAUUGGAAGAGAUCAAAAUUGGCACAUGCAACCAUUUUCAAACCUCAACGUCCUUAUAAACGUAGUGUCCCUGAGACUUUCAAGGACUUACCUGUAUCUGCUUUGGUCCUAUUGGAGGUUCUUCUUGCAAUAGAACCUGAGUGUCGUGGAACUGCUGCUUCAGCACUUCAGAGUGAGUUCUUUACAACACAACCUCUUCCCUGUGAUCCAUCUAGUUUGCCGAAGUAUCCACCUAGUCAGGAGUUUGGUGUCAAGCUUCGAGAAGAGGAAUCUAGAAGGCAAAGAGCUGCUGGUGGAAAAGUACAUGCACAUGAUACUGUUAGAAGGGUUUCAAGAGAAUCUAUAGCUGUUCCUGCCCCAGAUUUCAAUGCUGAGUUACAAACAUCCAUACAGAAGCGGCGAGGACAGUUCAAUGGAAAAAGUGCCAGUGAAGUAUGCUACACUGAAGAAGACAGGGGUGCUGCAUUCCCUAUCGAGCCUCCAAAAGAAACAGAAAACCGUUCAAUGCAGCCUAGUAGAUUUGGCUCUUCACGGAAUAAGAAAACGAAUGAGAUUGAGUCUAUGAAGGCAUCAGCUCAAGCGUUUGGUACUCCUAGGAAGCUUGAAGAGUUGAGAUCUGAAACAACACAUGUCCAUCGUGCAACAUUGGAAUUGUCCAGAUUUUCUAAUUCAAUUGCAGUUAGAGGCAGUUCACGGUUUGAUAUGACGAAAGAGAAUAGCAUAAAUCCUCACUGGCCAGAGGAGCAUUUUAAUGCCGGAUAUAACCUUCUGGGUAAUGCGGAGUCCUCUGAAAAGCAUGAAUUGUCCCAUCAUUUACUCAAUAGGCCAAAGGGUUCGAAUGUGAAGGAUGAACAACCAUCUUACAAGGAAUCAGCAGUGGGCUAUGUUUCCAUGAAUAACCGAAUCCAUUAUUCUGGACCAUUGUUGCCUCAUGGUGGGAACCUUGAGGAAAUGCUUAAAGAGCAAGAGAGACGGAUUCAGAAUGCUUUCCGCAGAGCUCGUUCAGACAAGAAAAAGUUGAAAACUAACCUUGAUCACAAUGGACAGACUGAAUCGUUACUUUAACACCUGAGAAAAGGCAGGAGACAAACCGGUAAGAAGCUUCCACUCCGGUCCAGAAGCUCAGCAGUAUAUCAUGGUAUAGUUAUUAGGAAGAAUUAUUUUCUUUUGGAGGUUCGACAAAUCUUGCUACCAGAUGAUGUUCAAUAAAUUCCCAGGGAUUUUCAACCCUGCAGCAAGGAUAACCUUUCCCGCCAAAGUUCACUCAGAAGUUCUAACC